AUGUCGUCUAUACACUCUGAUGAUGAUCAAGAGGAGAUCAACGUAGAUUCAGAUAGCAGGCUAUCUGGACAUUGCGACAGGAGUAUAGGCUCCGAGGAUCACGAUUCAGAUUACAAUGAUAGAUAUCGAGACUCGCCGCACAUUACAGAAACACAACAACGUGUGAAUCUACCGUUUAGCAUAUCUAGAUUACUAGGGAAGCAAUUCGAAGAUCUAGAGAAACGUAAUUCUGGUGAAAGUGACGAGAGGAGUGAGGACACGGAGUCGGAAAGUGCAAGAGACGAUGGAAAAGACAAUUUAGCGUUGAAUUUCAGUCAUAAUCCCAUGUAUACGAAUUCUGGAUUGUUAUUACGACCUGGACUGGGUAUUGGCGGUGGUUAUGGCUUCUCCAGUAAUCCUGGGGUUGUGAGGGUUCCAGCACAUAGGGCUUUGGGUGCGCUUGGUGCUUGGGGUGUGGCUUUGGAUCCCAUGAGGCAGGCAGCAGCUGCGGCGUUCGCGCAUCAAGUUGUCAAGGACAGGUUAAAUGGUACGUGA